AUGAGCAUAGAUGAUACAGCUACAGAAGACAUAACAAAGGCUCUGGAUAGUCUCGAUUUGGAGGAUGAAAGUGACUUUAAAUCGCGUCUGAGAUCGUGGUGCGGGCUCUUCAUCUCAAUCCACCAAGGCAGGGUUUAUUUCCUUCACCAGACUGCCCGCGAAUCCCUCCUCGCUGAUUCAGCGUCUCGUACAAUAUUAGGACGAACAUGGCAUCACUCUAUGACCACCCGCCAGGCACAUGAUGUUCUGGCCAAGCUUUGCAUUCGCUAUCUAGACUUUCUUGAUUCUGAGGUUGAUCUGGCUGCAGAAGAGAAUGGGCUUAAUACACCGUUUUUUGACUACGCGAUAAACUGGUGGGAUGAUCAUUUCCGCGAAGCUCAGAUUACUGAUGACGAUUAUAUUAUACCUGCAACGCUGAGGAUUUGCAGUCCCAAAUCAAGCAGCUAUAUUUUCUUCUGCCAAUCAGACCACUUUCUCCGGAUCCCGAAGCCUAAACUCAAGGCUACGGACCUUAUGAUAGCAUCAUUCUUUGGCCUCCAUGCUAUUGCCAAGUUGCUUAUUGAUAAUUCAGCUAGUAUUGAAGCAGAAGAUCUAUCUGGCCAGACGCCCCUUUACUGGGCUGUCGCUGGAGGGCAUGAGACAGUUGUUAAACUACUAAUUGAAAAUGGAGCUAGGUUCGAGACGGAGGAAAUUCACAGUUAUACAACUCCAUUGUUAGUAGCUGCUGAUUACGGAGAUACAGCAAUUAUGAAAAUACUAAUUGAGAAUGGAGCUGACAUUGACGUGAAGGCUGAAUAUAGCGAACAAACACCAUUGUUAUGUGCUGCUAAAGUAGGACAUGAGGCAGCUGUUAAACUACUAGUUGAGAAAGGAGCCUAUAUUGAGGCGAAGGAUAAAUUUACAGGCCAAACACCAUUAUCAAAUGCUGCUGAAAGAGGGCAUGAGGCAAUGGUCCAGCUGCUAGUUGAGAAAGGAGCUGAUAUCGACGCAAAAGGUAACAAGGGCCACACACCAUUAUCCAGGGCCGUUGAGGGAGGGCAUGAGGCAACUGUUCGGCUGCUCAUUGAGAAAGGAGCUGAUAUUGAGGCGAGGGAUAAGUACGGCCGAACACCAUUAUCUAUGGCCGUUGUUGAAAAGCAUGAGGCUAUUGUUAAGCUGCUUGUUAAGCAUGGAGCUAAUAUUAGGGCGAAGGAUAAUGACGGCCAAUCGCCAUUAUCAACAGCCAAAAAGGAAAGGUUGAAGACCAUCUAUCAGCCGCUACGUGGGAAAAGAGCUGUUGCAUCUACCGGCCAUUGA